UGGAUAAAACUAUAUCUGUCUUACUUUCUUUGUGCAAAAAGAUUUAAACCAUGGGGAGGACAGCAACAUUAGCAACUAGUACUUUAAAUCAAUGGGCCAUGGAUUUUAAAGGAAAUCUUGCACGUAUAUCGGAAAGUAUCAAGAUUGCGAAGCAAAGAGGUGCAACUUAUCGUCUUGGCCCAGAAUUGGAAGUCACAGGCUAUGGAUGUGGGGACCAUUUCCUAGAAAGUGACACGUUUCUUCAUUCUUGGCAAGUAUUAGCAGAACUGAUAUCAAACCGGGACAAUAUGGACAUUAUGUGCGACAUUGGAAUGCCUGUUAUGCACAAGAAUGUCGCAUACAACUGCAGGGUGAUCUUUGUCAACAGAAAAAUUUUGCUGAUCCGCCCAAAGAUGACGCUGUGUAAUGAUGGAAACUAUAGAGAAACUCGGUGGUUCACAUCCUGGAAACGACACAAGUGUACCGAGGAAUACUUCCUACCACGAAUGAUCCAGGAAAUUACUGGACAGAAAACUGUGCCUAUAGGAGAUGCUGUUAUAUCAACUGUUGACACUUGUCUGGGGAGUGAAAUUUGUGAAGAACUUUGGUCUCCAGAUGGGCACCACAUUGACCUUAGUUUAGAUGGUGUAGAAAUAAUAGCCAAUGGCAGCGGAAGUCACCAUGAACUCAGGAAAGGUUAUGUCAGAGUUGACUUGAUCAAGUCAGCCACCAUGAAGUGUGGUGGGAUUUACAUAUUUGCCAAUCAGAUGGGUUGUGAUGGAGAGAGGAAUUAUUAUGAUGGCUGCUCUAUGAUUGCAAUCAAUGGAAGGAUCCUCUCACAGGGGCCACAGUUUGGUAUCCAGGAAGUGGUAGUUAAUACUGCUACUAUUGAUCUAGAGGAUGUAAGAAUGUACAGGAAUGCUAUUCGCAGUAGAUCCGAAAUGGCAUCCAAUGUCCAGUCAUUUCCUAGAGUUCACUGUGAUUUUGCCCUGUCUCAUCCAGACUUUUUCCAGCCUACCACUGACCCUAUUGAGUGGAAUUACCUCACUCCUGAGGAGGAGAUCAGCCUGGGUCCAGCCUGCUGGCUGUGGGAUUACUUGCGGAGAAGUGGACAAGGUGGAUAUUUCCUUCCACUAAGUGGAGGAAUUGACAGCUCCAGCACUGCCUGUAUAGUGGCUUCAAUGUGCCAUCUUGUGGUAGAAUCUGUGCAAAGAGGAGAUGAAAAUGUUCUGGCAGAUGUGAGGAGAAUAGUAGGAGAUGGGGCCUACACUCCAUCUGACCCCAGUGAACUAGCAGGCAAACUUUUCACUACUUGCUACAUGGGCACAGAAAAUAGUUCUGAAGAAACUAGGUCAAGAGCUGCAGAGUUAGCUGGUCAGAUUGGAAGUUUCCACCUGUCUAUCAGUAUUGAUGUUGCUGUGGCAGCUGUCCUAGGUGUGUUUACAGCAGCUCUGAAAUUGUUGCCAAAGUUCAAAGCCAAUGGAGGUAGCCUAAGAGAGAACCUGGCAUUACAGAAUGUCCAGGCUAGGCUUAGGAUGGUGUUAUCAUACCUCUUUGCCCAGCUCUGUCUGUGGGCCAGGGGAAGAUCUGGGGGACUCCUUGUCCUAGGGUCAGCGAAUGUGGACGAGGGUCUGCGGGGCUACAUGACAAAGUAUGACUGCUCCAGCGCUGACAUCAACCCAAUCGGAGGAAUUAGUAAAACAGACCUCCGUCGCUUCAUUCUCUACUGUUCACAACACUUUGGUUUUACUGCCCUUAAUAAGAUAUACCAUGCCCCUCCAACAGCGGAGUUAGAGCCCUUGCGAGAGGGUCAGUUAGCCCAGACAGAUGAGGAGGACAUGGGUAUGACAUAUGAGGAACUCUCCCUCUAUGGUCGUCUACGUAAACAAAACUGCUGCGGCCCAUACAGUAUGUUCUGUAAACUGGUUCAAGUGUGGAAAGAUAGGUGUUCUCCAGAGGAGGUGGCAGUAAAGGUGAAGCAUUUUUUCCGCUGUUAUUCCAUCAAUCGACACAAAAUGACAACACUGACUCCAUCAUAUCAUGCAGAAACCUACAGUCCUGAUGAUAAUCGCUAUGACCACAGACAAUUCUUGUACAAUGUAAAGUGGCCAUGGCAGUUUGAAUGUAUUGAUGAACAGGUUGAGAAGCUGAUGAUUCUGUAUGAGGAAACAAAGAGGACACAGAGAAGAAACAUGAACCCCUCACCUUCCAACUCAAAUCAGAACUCGACAACCCACGACAGGAACGUGUUCCAACCACCAGAUGAAGAACACAGCGCUACAGAUUAUGGUAUUGUUGUGGCCAGCCAGACCUUCAAGGGAGACAACAUGGAUUCUGAUGACACAGGGGAACGUUCCAAUGGCUACAAGUGGACAAUAGAAGAACCAGGUCAUCCUAUUAACUUCAGACCCAUGGCACAAUGUAGCAAUCCAACUAAAAUUGAAACCAAGGAUGCAGAGGGUGCUAUUUUACAAAGGGGAGCAACCUGCAAUGGUUAUGGAAUGGGAAAUGAGCAUAUCAAUCAGUCAUUGAAUGUUCCUUAUCUAAAAAUGAAGUCAAUGAAUCCACCACUCUCAAAUCAUGAGUUAUUCAAUAUGCAUAAUUCUGAGAAAAAUAGGUUUCUUUGGAAUAAUUUAGAUCCUUCAGUUAGUUGUAAACGUCAAUUUCAGCAUCAGACAGAGAGAGGGGUUCAGUCAAAAAGAUCUCGAAUUUUACUCACAGUCUAAAUGCAUAAUGGUUUUCUCCUCUGGAUUCUUGAAAUUAGAAGUUUUGUUUAUGAAGUUAAAAAAAAAAUUGGUUAUGAAGUUAAAAAAUUAAUACCCAUCUACAAUGCUGCCAUUUUCAUGAAUAUUCUUCUAAUUUUUUUAAUAAAUGAUUUACAUAUAGAUUCAAUUGAAUUCAUCAGUGAUUUAAAAAAUGCACAUGUGAGCAUUUUAAUUCACAUGAUCAGUUACAUUAUAAUUCUCUUCUUGUAAUGAAUUCCAAUCAUCUCAUUGAAAUCAGUCAGAUAUUUUUGUACUUGCAUUACAAGUAAUAAUCAGCUACAGUACUAUGUACAGACAUGCAUUAUAUUGUUAUUUUUUCAGAGAAAUUCAUUCCACUUUGAAAAAAAAAGAUAUUGUGUGUAGUUCAGCUGGCUAAGUCACAUAAGAAAUAGCUUAUCAAACUCUAUUUAUUACACAUUUACUCAGGUAUUUAUAAUUUAGGAUGUUUCAUGCAUUAAAAGUAACAAUCUAAUUCCUCAUGGAAUAAAUAAAGUCCAGUCAGGGUCAGUAGUGCAAGCUAUCAAGUCAUUUAGAAGCAUUCUGAAGCACUGUGAAUGGUCAUUUCUGAUUAUUAAACACUGUUUAUUGGAUCAUAUGUGUGCCUUUGAUAUGUGAUUUAUGUGUGUUUUGAUGUCAUUCUAAUGCAUGGUAGGGAAAAAAAGUAAAUUUACCAUAAUGAUUUGAUUAAAUUCUUGAAAUUUCUUGGGGCAACUAGUCUAUACAUGCUCUGUGACUGUUAUAAAUAUAUGUUAUGAAAUUAUGACUAUAAUGAAUUUUGUAGUGCUUAGCCAGAAAAAAGGUUAUAAAAAGUCAGUCACUCAUGAAUAAAUAAGUGCUGACUAGGUGACCAUGUUGAUUUACUAGUUGAUCUACAUGUAUGUAUGCUUUAUGUAUAUCAAGAUGUUAAUUUUAUGUGAAAGCUUAAUUAGUAGAAAUUGUCUAAAUGCCACGUUAAUGAUUUUGUUGAAUUUCAAAUAUAGUACAAUGUCAUGUACCUGACCAUUUUACAGCUAGUCUAUUUACUCAGUGAAUUGUGAAAUUUAAUUCCACGUAUCUUUAUAUCUGUGAAAGCAUUUUUGAAACAAUAUUAAUUUGUUUUAAAAAGCUAUAGUCAAAAGUUUGGUAGGUCUACCCACUUGGUUACUCUAGGUUAAGUUGACCAACAAUAUUCACAUCGCGCCUUAUUGCAGUUCUUACUGUCGGAUACUGUGUGGACACACAAUGUGAGUUAAUUAACCCACAUUUUUAUGAAUCAAUGUGAAUCAACUUUAAAGUGUGGAAUGCUUAGUAUCUAUGAAUGUAAUGUUUGUUUCAUCCUGAAAGAGCCAGGCUUACAUUUGGAAAUGAACAUAUUCCAACAUCUUUGCGAUUUUUUUCCUAUGUAAUCAAUUACUGAAAAAUUUCAUGUGCAAUCAGUUUCAUCGUCAUGUCCUAACAUAUUUGUUGAGGUACAAAAAACUUUAUUUCCUAUGUAGAUUGAUUGGUUACAAAGUCGGGUGUAAAUUUCCGUACACCUGACUUGAGCUGAGGGUAAAAAACGUGACGUCACAAUGCAUAGUUUCUCUAUGAUAAAAAGCAAAUAACAUGAUGUCAUGAUGCAUCGUAGGACAUAGUAAAUCUUAUCAAUAGCUUGAAAGACAGUUGAUUGGACUUGUUUACAAAAAUUUUAUUUGGGUACAUAGGAAAUAAAUUUGUUAUCCAGGUCCAAUCAAGGGUGUACGGGGAUUUACCCCGGGUUGUAUUCCAUACACCCUUCGGCCUUAGGGUGUAUGGAAUACAACCCGGGGUAAAUCCCCGUACACCCUUGAUUGGACCUGGAUAAUUAAUAUAAUAUUGUGAUUAUUGUCCAUUUGAAAUUAAUUUCAGUUAAAGGUUAGCUUUUCAAUUUUCAUUUGUACAUAUAAUUGUCUUUUGUAACCCAUGUACUAUUUAUACGAUUUUGAGAGAAACGAUGAAUUGAACUGGAAUUAACAACUUACAGUACAGGUGCAUUAUGUAUGUUAACAAUACUGAAAAUGCACAAUUAAACUCUCUAACUUAUUGCUCUUUACUACCGGUAAAUUUAGUGCAGAAAUAAUUGCUAAACAUUUCAUGCAUGCACUGGAUAUUUUCUCCUUUUUUUUUUAAAUAAAAGUAUCUAGUCAGA